AUGCCUGGUACAGUGGCAGAGGGACCGACGGUCUCCAUGUCCUUUGCCAACAACUUCUGGGGUAAAGAUGAUGCGGGCCUGCAACCUAUGCUUGAUCGCAUGCAUGGAUCGAAGGCUACAAGCGACGAAUUAAAGGUCUUUUACAACGUACGAGCUGCGAUCGAAGAUGAAUAUGCGCGAAAAUUACAAGCACUCUGCCGCAAGCCGUUCGGAACAUGCGAGUCGGGAUCCCUUCGUGUAUCGCUUGACGUGGUCCGUGGAGAGACAGAAGCCAUUGCGAAGGCACAUGCAACGAUUGCCAGUCAAAUGAAAACAGAACUUGAGGAACCACUGGGCGCUUUUGCCAGCGGAUUGAAGGAACGACGAAAGAUUAUUCAGAAUGGAAUCGAACGCCUGCACAAGACUAAGAUGCAACAAACACACGUGGUCAACAAGGCUCGUGACCGAUUCGAACAAAACUGCCUACAGAUUAAAGGUUAUCUUGCCCAAGGCCACAUGGUAAUGGGUCAGGAGGAACGCAAGAACAAAUCCAGGCUUGAGAAGACUCAGAUUCAGAUGGCGUCAAAUAGCCAAGAGUAUGAGGCCGCUGUCAAGAUCCUCGAAGAUACUACUGGUCGGUGGAACAAGGAAUGGAAGGCUGCUUGUGAUAAGUUUCAAGAUCUGGAGGAGGAACGUUUGGAUUUCACCAAGAGCAGUCUUUGGACCUAUGCGAACAUCGCAUCGACAGUGUGUGUCAGCGACGAUGCCUCUUGUGAGAAGAUUCGCUUGUCACUUGAGAACUGCGAGGUGGAAAAGGAUAUUUUCGACUUCAUUCAGGAACGAGGAACCGGACAGGAGAUCCCGGAUCCACCUCGCUUCGUGAACUUUUGCAAAGAAGACGACGAUGCAGGAUCGGAUAUUGAUUCAGGAGAGGGUUACUCAGUGGCACAGUUCCAGCGAACUAUGAACCCUGCGUUCCGGACAUCAUCUCCACAGCCGUCAACCUACGAGUCCCAUCAUGACCCAGAGUCUGAUCUUGCAGCUCAAAUGGGGCACUCAGCUCCCCCCGCGGCUAGUGUGCCACAGCCAUCCCCUCAGAACAUAAUGCAAGAGCCUCUUGUCCCAAGAAUGCCACAGCAGGCGCCCCCACAAAGCAUCCAGCCCGAGUCACCCAUUCAACAGCGGAUGCCUCAGCAACUGCCUCCCCAAAACAUUCAGCAAGAAACCCCCAUUCAGCGUAUGCCUCAACAGCCACCGCCGCAAAACAUGCAGCAAGAGCCGCCUCUUCAGCGCAUGCCACAGCAGCCACCGCCACAGAACAUGCAGCAAGAACGACCUCUGCAGCGCAUGUCCCAGCAGCCACCGCCACAGAGUAUUCAACAAGAACCACCCCUCCAGCGUAUGGCUCAACAACCGCCUCCGCAAAGGACGUUGCAGCAAGAAUCACAAUCACCCAUUCAGCGACAGCAACCGGCCAUGUACUCUAAUAUGCCGCAGCAGCCAGCUCCUCUUGACCUUCGCCGAGGUGGACAACCGCCCCCGAACUACAAUCCUGAACAGCACGGCGCCAUCAAUGCUAUACCACACAACGCGUACCCUACUGAUGGUAUGACUAUGUUCUGCCGUACAGGGCCUCCUUCGGAGCGUAGCUCAGCAGCCAGCCCAUACCGGCCAUCUAGCCGUGAUUCGCAAAGCGAUGUUUCGAAUCCCACAUCCAUGUCCAGCGUCGAAGCUCCGGCUCCAGCUCCUAUCGCUCAGAAACCAGCACCACCACUUCCCAGUGUCAUGAGAAUGCAGCAGUCUCCUCCAAAGCCUAUUAACAAUGCACCAUUGCCAAGUGCCCAGGAUGACAAGUCUCCAAAGAAGAAGAGCGCCUUCUUCAGCAACAGUCCCUUCCGCCGUAAGAGCCGGAACGAGAAAGACAGGCCGGCUAUCACUCCUGGAUCCACAUCGAGAAGCCCCUGGAGCUCGCCCACCAAGCAAAUUAGCCCAGCUAAGCCUGCCCCGACGCCAGUGAAGCAGCCAGAACGCCGUCCUUCUCCUAGCCCUGAGCCUGAGCCCGUCGAUCCUCGAGCUAACUUCCAGUUGAAUGUUGGCAACAACGUUUUUGAUGUCGCUUCUCCUGAUAAGAACGCAUCAAAGGCAGGGUCUCAAGGUGCUAAGGAAGGUGAAGAAGCUUCCGACCCUAUUGCACGCGCCCUGGCGGAUUUGAAGACGACUGGUGGCAAACAGCCUAGCUUGCGUGUGUCGGCCGAUCGAUACCAUGGAAUUUCAACACCGAAUCCUUCGGCACCUUCGUCCACAUACGGUGGAAGCACCUCGGCUGCUCCUCCCGCAUACAAUGAUCCUAAUGUGAAGCGACUUGGUGCUCCCGAGCCAGCAUUUACGGCUAAGCAGAUGCAAAAGACCACUCAGCGAUACACCGGUCAAGCCGCGAGCAUGCUUCGCGGUGGAAGUAACAACCCAUCCAUGGCCCCCAGGGAGGCUCAGAAGCCCCAGGAAGCUCCUCGCGCGAGAUCACCUGCACCUUCCCGAUCGCCCGCCCCAAGGCGCAGUGCUAGCCCUGCAGUCUCUCCCCGGGUUGACACUCGCACUGGAUACGGUGGCGGCGGUGCUAGCCCAAGUCCAAGCACGUAUCAAUCUCGCACAGGAUACGGCGGUGGUGGCGCCAGCCCGAGCCCGAGCAAUUAUCAAAGUGGCAGCGCUCGCAGCCGCUAUAGUCAGUCUCCGGGCCCACGCCGAGCUCAAGAACAGCAGCCGUAUUCUCCCAAUGACUACGCUCGCAGAGCUUCCCCAGCCCCCUCUCACCGUGCUGUGUCUCCUCAGCCUCAAUUCAGACAGCAGGUUCGUCCAUCCAGCGCCGGGGGCAUGGAGCUGCAGCUCUCCGCCGGCCAAGACGACAUAUACGGAGGUGGCAGCCAAUAUGGCUCUACCCGUGGGGACGGCCGCCCCCGCUCUCACUAUGGCGGUGAUAAUAAUAAUGGACCCCCUGUCGGUCGCUCUCGAAGCCGCACUGUUGCUGUUGCUGAUCCUGGUCGGAAGUUCAGCCGUGAUGGUCGUCCUGUCCUGCACUUUGCUCGAUCAAUGUACACCUACACUCCAGCAAUCCCUGAGGAACUUGGCUUCGCAAAGGGCGAUGUCCUGUCUGUCAUCCGUCUUCAAGAUGAUGGAUGGUGGGAAGCUGAAGUCACCAAUGGCCGUGGGCACCCUGGCUUGGUCCCCAGCAACUACCUGCAGAUCAUCUAG